AUGACCAUCAGGCUAGUGACGUUCGAUGCCUUGCAUACGCUCAUAACGCCUAGGUUACCAAUCUACGUCCAGUAUUCGCAGACAUUUGCCCCAUAUCUUGGUGUCCUUGAGCCAGGGCGGCUCAGACAGUCUUUUAAAGUUGCGCUGAAACAGGUACAAAAGGAUCAACCCGCGUAUCAGGGUAAUUCUGGCGCUGAAGGAUGGUGGUCUGAAGUUAUCAAGCGAACAGCCAUAGGAGCUGGAGCCAACCCACAAGCUGUAGAUUCUUCGUUACCGCAAAUCGUUCCCAGUCUGAUGGAAAGAUUCAGUUCUCGAGAAGGCUACAAACUCUUCCAUGAUUCCCUUCCAGUACUGAGGAGGCUGCGCAAGAUGAAUAUUCGUACAGCACUGAUAAGUAAUACGGACACACGCAUGCGAUCUGUAUUGGAGGACCUUGAAAUUACUCCGUACCUCGACCCAAUUCUCCUCAGUGAGGAGGUGGGCAUAGAGAAACCAGAUGCCGAAAUAUUCCGUCUCGCAUUCAGCACGCAAUCAAUUCCAAUGGAGAUGCAGGAGGCUGUUCACGUAGGUGACGAACUUGGAAGUGACUAUGAUGGUGCUCGAGCUGCUGGAAUGCAUGCCCUGCUGUUGCGUAGGGCCGGACCAGAAAGCGGUGGUGAACACAAGGAGGAGGGUGAAAAUCUCCAAGGUGUACAGGUGGUGAAUGACCUGUGGGGAGUGUUAAAGUGGGUAGAACAAUAA